AUGUCUUUCCCCCAAGAUCCUCGGCAGCGCCGCGGCGGAGCCGGGAGAGGCUUCAGCUCAACCGGUGGACGAACUGCCUUGGGGUAUUGGUUACCCUUGGCUUUGACCGCUGGAAUUGCAACCGUCAGCAUCGCAGCUUGGAUCUGGAGCGAACGGAACGAUGAUGACGACGAAGACGACCAACCCCACGACGGCAAUGGCCCUUAUCCACCCCCUUCUGUUCCUGGCAGUACCGACGCACUGCCCAGUGAUGGCUCGUACGAUCAUGGUAUGAUGGCGCGCAUGCAGGGCGCUUUGCGUCGCACACCAAGUCCUCAGCAGAUCUUUGAUGGUGCCAGCAAGAGAGUUGUCGCAGGUGUUACUGCCGCAGGAGCUUUUGUCGGUGGUGCUUUGACCUCUAUCCGCGAAGAGAACAAAGGCGACUUUGAGGAUCACUCCAGAUGGUCGGAAGAAGCUCAAAACAGAGCUCAUGAGAGGAGUCAACAACCAGCAGUCGCGCCAACUAUGAGCGGUGGACUGCCUAGUCGUGGUGCCACUUCUAGCCAGUCAUUUGAAAAGAAGAAGAAGAAAACGGUUGCAAUCGUCGUUUCCUCACUUUCACCGGCUGACUCCGACGACUAUGCCUCUGAGCACGCUUCUAUCCUCUCACAUCUUCCUGAGCACAUUGACUUGGAAACCUCGAAAGUAUUCAUUUUGAUCUACGCCCCGGAUUUGGAACACGCAAUCAAGCAUGGAGGCUCCUCCCGGCCCACGCUUUCUAUCGCCUCAUCAUAUUCUAACAUUGCCACGGAAGAAGCUGCUUCCUCCGGUGAACUGGCAUCUGGUGAUCUGACUGCCGUUGAGCCGCGCGAGUAUGGUCUGGAGGGCACAAGCCACUUCUUCAAGACACUCUACACCCAGGCCCAAGCGCUGGUUGAGAAGGAGACCAUGAUUAUGCCCUUCAGCACAGCUGGUGGAUUUGUAAAUCUUGUCCGCCACCUAUCCCCUGAUCUUGUUUAUGUCCAGGAGUCUCUCACCGGCAAUGAAGGCGAUGCAGUCCAGCACAUCUCUGGAUGGGUUCGCCAGGUUAUUGUUGUGGUUGGAGAUGAGGGCGGCCGAGGUGGGCUCAUCGACAGUGAUGAUGAGUCUGCUCUUGGUGAGAAGGUGGAGAAGUGGUGGCAAAAAGAAGGCACCACCGGCAUUGGUAAACGUAUUGAUGUCGUCGAUGUCCUCCGAGUCGGUGAUGACUGGCGACGACGCGUGCGUGAUCUGGACUAG